GCUCACCAGCUAGCCAGCCAGCAAUUGCACCCGGUAACAUUUUUGCCAGAUGCAGAGAGCCAAACCUCUUUGUGCUCACGAGAGAGUUGUUUUCCACUUGGCCUCCGUAUGAUCCGUCUCAUUAUUCUCAAAGCUGCAGGAUCAAAAUCGAGGAAUCUGACAGCAUUUUGUGGUUCUCGAACUGACGGACUUGAGAGGUGCUUUGCGGGUUUGACUGUGAUUCUUUAAAACUAUUUCUGCGUUGAUUUCUUCUGCACCAUGAAGUUCCUACCCAAAGUCGUUGUUGGCUUUCUGAUCUCGUCCUUGGCCGUGGCUGCUGCCGCAUCGGCACCUCUUGACAGAAGUCAUGAAGUCGAGAAGCAUCUGGACGACUUGACCCUUGCUGCUGGUCAUGGACAUGCGCGCACUCGUCUGGGUGCACCCAACAAUUUUUCUGUCUCGCGAAAGCUCGACGAUGAUGAAGAUGAUAGUUCUUCGGAUGAUAAUGAUGGCAUGAGAGCAAAAAUCUUGGCUCUUUUGACCGAAGUAAUGCCUCAUCAGGUUGAUAACAUUGACAGCAUUAUGAGUCAAUAUGAAGGAAAAGAAGAGAGUUUGUUGCAGUCAUUGCAGACAAUGAAAGCCAACAAAGAUGCCGCCAAUGGGGUGACCAGUCAGUCAGGUAGCUCAGGUCAGGCUGAGGGUUCUGGCGGUCAGUCCAGUGGUUCAGGAGGUCAGGCUGGUGGUUCUGGUGGUCAGCCCAGUGGUUCGGGAGGUCAGUCAGCUGGGACAAGUGUCCAGUCUGCAGAUGGUUCUGGAACUACAGCACUACCCGAUGCCCGGCCCUUCACUGAGCAGGUUCCCUUCCAGGACUGCGCAGCUGCCCAGAUGGGUAUCAUCCCCACAGAAAUGGAUGCAUUGGCUCAAUGCUACCCAUCCAUGGGUACUCCACUUGCUCUUCUAGAAACUAUGGUGCAGCAGAUGACUGCUACACUUGGGCAAAACCUCAUGGUGGAUGAGAUUGUGCAGACUGCCUUCCAGCCAAUCUUAGAUCUCAUGAAAGAGCUUGCCCCAUUGUUGGGAGAAGAGAUCAAUGCUGAAGCUUUGGCGUUGAUUCAAAAGGGUCAAAAUGACGUGAAUGACCUUACAUCAGACCUUGCUGAUCAGGCCGCUUCAGCAGUCACAGGUGCGGUGGAAGACAUUUCAGAUGCUACCAUUGGACAGGCUCUUGGUGGCAUUGAAAGUGGCCUUGGGUUUGACGGUCAGAUCUGUGUCGGAGAUUUCCCUGGCAGGAAGAUUGUCUCUCCUGAUAAGGAUGAUGUAAUGACUGGCAUUUGCAGUGGGUUGCCCUUGAAGGCCAAGAAUGGUGAAGAGUGGACUGUGUUUGCAAGUGACCUCAACCUUCCAGCAGACAUUGAUGCUCAAGUGUGCGGUGGAGAAGGAAAAGACCGCAAGAUGUCCUCUUGCUUGGCAGUAUCCAUGUGCGAUGUCCUCCCUUCGGUGGCCUUCAUUUUUGACCAUGAGACUACCAUGUGCCUCUCUGCUCGCCUGGAACAGGUUGUCAAUGGCAUUGCCAACCUAUUACACUCAGGUGAAGGUAUUGACACUGCUGUUGGCUUCACGCUGUCCAACGCAUUUAAUGUCCACACUGAAGUAUAUGGUGGCAAGGAUCACUUCAGCUACAAAGCUAGUCCAGAGUUGUACACCCAAAUGUCCUCCAAGCUUGAGUCCAAGAUUAUCAGCCCUGACCUUGAUGGUUGGUUCACAAUCACUGGUAAUCUCAGGCAGGGAUUUAACAUCCUCAAUCCUCUUGGGCUACCUGUUCCUGAAGAUCUCAUUGCUAAUGCUCUUGCCCACAUUGACCAAUUCAACCCAGAGAAGAUUAUCAAGACAUUUGAUUCUGUGGUUGUCACCUAUACACUUCAAGGCCGAUUCAAGCUGAAGGUUGGCUUUGACAAAAUGCCGUAUAUUGGACACCUCCUAAAGCCUUUUGAUGUGCAAUUCGAUGAUGCGUCCAUUGUUGUUUCUUCAGGCAAAAGCACACUCACUCUGGACAAUGGCGAAAAAGCUGAAAUCUACCCAGGCUUCUCCACUUACAUGGGUUUGGGUGGUAACGCCAAAGCCAUCAGGACUACUGUUACACAGAUCUUGCUCACAAUGGAUGGACUUAUGGACCUAAUGUUGGCAGAAAUGCCACUUGGCCCACUUUUCCAGAGCUCUGCAGAUUUUGCUUCGGAAAUUGGCACUGAAUUCAUCUUGAAGCGUCUGGAGUUUGUGCAAGAGGACCCAUCCAAAGAUUACGGAUUUGGUGUUCGAGCGGAUAUUGAGGGUGCAGGGUUCAAGCUCAAGCUCCCCCUUCGGCUAAGUGAGAAUGAUCUUACUGAGUUCAACCUUGACUGCAGCACUGACUUUGAGUCAUUCAAAUGUGACCCCAGCAUUGGCAACAUACAAGGUUUCUUUGCAGCACUGGCAAAGGAUAUGGCAGAUGGGUCACUUCUCAUUUUGAAGAAGUUUUCUGAAGAUUUUGUCAAAGGUGCUGAAGAGGCAGGCGAGACUAUUAGCAUGGCCAUGGACAAGGCAGGAGCAAAAGCAGGUGAGGUUUUCAAGAAAGAGAACAUUGAACAGACGCUGAAAGAUGUCAUGGAGGGCAACAUGGAUGGUCUAGAGGAAGACUUGAAGGAAAUUGCCUCCAUUGGAUAUGCUGCCCUGUCUGCAUUCUGCAAGAGCGAAGGAUCUUGCAUGCCCGAUGGAGAAGCAUGUGUUGGCGACCCAUUUGGCAACAAAAAGAAACAAGGAUCAUGCUGCGGAUGCUGCAAUGAUGAAACCCUUUGGUUGGGGAAAACAUCUCUCAAUCUUCCUGGUCAAGCUUGCGGCCAAGAACCCAAAUGGAAGGAUGGCACGGUGUGCAUACCAGGUAUCAGCUGCCACAUGUGCCAGAAUGGCGACAAUCAAUGGGACAGCGUUCCUGAUUUGCUUGGUUUGCCCGGUAGGGCCUGUGGACCAGAGCCAUGCAUACCUGAUGGAUCGGCUUGCUUUGGACUCUCCUGCAAGAGGUGCUGCAGUGGAACAAACAUGUUUGCCAAGUGUGGCAAGCAAGGAUGCUUAGGUGAUGGUACUGUUUGCCUAAUUGGUACUACUUGCUUUGAUUGCUGCAAUGGAGAUAGUUGGUGGUGGUCAAAGGGACUGGGGUCUCAGGCUUGUGGAACAGAACCCAAGUGGGGUGAUGGGCAACCAUGUGUGAAAGGAAUCAGUUGUCACAUGUGCUCAAGUGGUCAUAGCACCUAUUGGAUGAAUCCACCUGGUUCAUUCUUACCUGCUGAAGCAUGUGGAAAAGAGCCCUGUUGGCCAGAUGGUAAAAACUGUGUCAAUGGGAUUAGUUGCCACCAAUGCUGCAGCAAAAAUAACAUGGAGUUCAAAUGUGGCAAGCAAGGAUGCUGGGGAGAUGGAACACCCUGCAUUUUUGGAGGUUGCAAGAACUGCUGCAGCCAUGAGAACUCUUGGUGGGAUGAUAAGGUGUCCAAUGCAUGUGGCAAACAGCCAUGCUGGGGAGGCGGAAGAGAAUGUGGCUUGGCUUGUGGAAGGUGCUGUGGUGGUUCCCAUGAACGCAAGCAAGGAUUUUGGGAUCUCUUCCCCAAACGGUAUUGCAACUAAACUGAGACAUUCCAUGCAGUCAUUCAUCGGGCGGGAACCUCACAGGUUUGGGAUCUUCUGAUCUGCUAUCUUUGUUGUUCCACCAGACUCGCUUUGUCGCAAGGAAAGGUACUCAAUUCUAUAUAUAUAUAUAUAUAUCACUUUGUGCUGGAAUGUGUUGGGCUGUUGGUGGGCUGCAGCUAGCCAGAGGUUAACUUUGUAACAACAGCAGUGGCCACGGCUCAAAUGCAAAUUUUUCAGUAGAAACGUUCAUUCUAUUGAAUCGUCGUGCUGACUUUCUAUUGCAAGACGAACCAAAAGUUGUUGACGACAAGAAAGUUAAUCUAAUCUCUGGCAGCAGUACAACUAAAUGCUGUUAUCGUUCAUUUCAAGGAAAAUCUUGCAGAGUGGUGUCUCCAGCGAAACCUAGCUACAGCUGUUAUAUAGCCAGUCUCAAAAAUGCCUCGAACGGCGGUGACAGCCAUUCAACGUUGGCCUGGAUCGUUCUGUCGCCGCUGCCAGGCAUGAUGGGUUUCUUCUGUUGCACUG